CCCCGCAUGCUUGCUUGGAUUUCGUUGCGCCAUUGCCGUUAUAAUAGAAAAGCAGUGCUUCAUUGGUCUUGUGCUGUUUUACCACGGGACGUUUUCAUUUAUCCGACAGUCCUUUAUAUUGGCUAUCUCCCCCCUCAACGGAGCUAUUGUCUUGUCAGGGUCCGCAUGACAAUACCGGCUUCGGGGUCUAGACCUAUUGGAUAUAAUAAAGACGUAUGGUGGGAACGGCCGCGACUUUCUUCCCGAUCCUAACUCAUAGCUUCGAGACAUUUAAGUUUGGUUAUCGUAGCACCGGGUUACUACGACUCUUGAGAGUCAUAUCGGACUCGAGGCUCUCACAUCACGAAGUAAUGUAUGGACGAUCGAUCCGCUGAUCGGUUACCUGCUUCGGCGGCACAAUGCUUUCAGUUUGUUCCUUCGGGCGUCAGUGGUCGCUGCGCCGCGGGUGUGGUCCGCGCUACCCUGUCGUUUCACCCUACCACAAACACUGGACUCAUAUAGUAGUGAUCGUCCUGAUCAUUUCCCUAUGGAUCCCCCGAACCACUGCUAUUUUACUAGAGGACUCCCCGCGAUCGACCGAGACAUCGUUACUGGUCGAUACGCGGAUUCCGAUUUUCGUCAAUGGUCAAUGGCAGAUCAUGUCUGAAGACGAGCAUCGCCAACUCGUUCCUAGACAGCCAGCAACGCAGACAUAUAAGAUCGAUGUCUCGACUGCUACAGCCGAGUCUACAGCCGACUCUACUGCGGCUGCCACGACAAGUGUCGCUACGGGUCCACUUCCAACACCUUUUGACGGAGCGCUCGCGGCAAACUUCUCUGGUGAAGAUGGAGGUGGAUCGUGCCUUGACUUCAUCAACAGCUUUCUGGCAGACCCGACUUUCCAAAGCUGUUAUCCCCUUUCGCUACUCCUGAAGGGCUCCAAUUCUUUCUUCCAAGCGAUGAGAUCUCUAGUUGAAAUAACGCAAGUUCUUGAGACAUCGUGCGCAGCCAACAAGACAAGCUGCACCAGCUAUCUCGAUGACUUAGCCGAAAAGCUCAAGUCCGAUGAUAACUGCGGAGAGGAUUACGAGAAACAGAACGCACUCGUCAUCCAGGCUUACAAAGGAAUGGUAGCAUACGAGGAAAUUUACGGCGCGACCUGUUUGACUGACCCAGAUACUUCGACAUAUUGUUUCGUCAAUGCGGUUACAAACCUCACGACUGCUUCUAAUGUUUAUCUCUAUAAUUUACCCUUCAACUCGACACUACCUCAAUCAGCGUUGCCGGCGUGCGAUUAUUGUACAAGCGAGACGAUGAAGAUAUAUCAAUCAGCGGCGGCUGACCGAAAGAAGUGGAUAGCAAAUACAUACGUGUCGGCAGCGCAACAGAUCGAUUCGGAGUGUGGAGCGAACUUCGUUAGCACGGUGCUUCCGGCUGCGCUUCCAGAUAGUGCGGCAACGUCUGCAGCACAAGCGCCAUCUUUGCUUAUAGUGUCGCUGCUAUUUAUGGCUAUUUCUCGCUGGAUUAUAUAAUCCAUUAUACUGGUUCACAACCGGCAUUUAAUUCGAUACUGGGGGGUUCAUUUCAAGGGCGUCUUUGGUAUAGGAAUGGACGUAUAUCAUGCUCGCUUUGAGCAA